AUGUCGUCUCAAACAGGCUCGGGCGAACAGCUCGUGGACCAGUGGCGGCGAUUACCUCCGCUCGCCAGGAACAUCUCCACGGCUUCGUUCGUCCUGUCGGUCUUGUGCUACACGGGCUUCGUCGGGAUGUGGCGCGUCUUCUGGGAUACGGGCUACAUCACCAAGUUCCCCCCGGAAGUAUGGAGGUUCAUAACCUCGUUCCUCAUCACGAACCCUCAAUUCGGGAUCAUCCUCGACCCGUACUUCCUCUACAUGUAUCUCUCGGAGUUGGAGAGGGGUAAUUCACGCUUCCCAAGACGCGAGGACCUUGUGUGGUACCUCAUCUUCGUCUCGACGACUAUGGUGGCCGUAACCGAACUAGCCUGGCGCUACACCCCCCUCCUCUCCGGUCCCUACCCAGCCUUCAUCUCCGGCCUCAUCAUGUCCCUCUGCUACACCGUCCACCAAGACCAACGCGGCCGCAUGGCCUCCUUCAUCUUCUUCACCGUCCCCGCCCAGCUCGUCCCCUACCUCAUGAUCGUCUUCUCCUUCAUCAUGGGUAACCUCUACAUCAUCCCCCUGCAGAUCAUCGGCCUGCUCAUCGCCCACGCCUGGGACUUUGGUCGCCGUCUUUGGCCCGAGUUCGCCGGCGGUAGGGUCCUUUUGCCCACGCCUGGUUGGGUUUCGUAUUUGAUUGAUACCCCGAGGGUAUUGAGGAGGGACUAUGGCGCUGUGUAUACGCCGAGUAGUGGGGCGCAGCCAAGCACUGGGUCGAGUACGGGGGCUGACAGGGGUCCGUUGCCUGAGUCGUGGAAGUCGAGGGGUCCUGGUAGGAGGUUGGGUUGA